AUGGGUCUCUUCGGUGGUCACAACAACAAAAACAACAACAACGACUCCUACGGGUCUAACAACAACAACGACUCCUACGGAUCGAAUAACAACGAUUCCUACGGAUCUAACAACAACAACGACUCCUACGGGUCUAACAACAACAACGACUCCUACGGGUCUAACAACAACAACGAUUCCUACGGUUCUAAUAACAAUAACUCUUACGGGUCUUCUAACAACGACUCUUACGGAUCUUCUAACAACGAUUCUUACGGUUCCUCUAACAACGAUUCCUACGGCUCUUCUAAGAAGAACAAUAACAGCUCUUACGGUUCCUCCAACAAUGACUCUUACGGUUCCUCCAACAAUGACUCUUACGGAUCUUCUAACAACGAUUCUUAUGGUUCCUCUAACAACGACUCCUACGGAUCCUCUAAGAAAAACAAGAAGUCUUCCAGUGACUCUUACGGUUCCUCCAACGAUGACUCCUACGGAUCUUCUAACAACGAUUCCUAUGGCUCCUCUAACAACGACUCCUAUGGUUCUUCUAAGAAAAACAACAACAACUCUUACGGGUCUUCUAACAACGAUUCUUACGGAUCUUCUAACAACGAUUCUUACGGUUCCUCUAACAACGAUUCUUACGGUUCCUCUAACAACGAUUCUUACGGUUCCUCUAACAACGAUUCCUACGGUUCUUCUAAGAAGAACAACAACAGCUCUUACGGUUCCUCCAACAAUGACUCUUACGGUUCCUCCAACAAUGACUCUUACGGAUCUUCUAACAACGAUUCUUAUGGUUCUAACAACAAUAACAACAACAACAGCAACUCCUACGGUUCUAACGACAACGACAACAACUGGUAA